AUGAGAAUCAGCGCCCUCGUCCUAGCCCUUCUUCCGGCCUCCAUGGCCGCGGAGUGCACUCGUAACUGCGGCUGUACUGGCUGCGGUGUCGUUUCCAGUGUCUCCUUUGUCCAGAGCGGCAGCAAAUGGACUGCCACGGCCCCAAACUGGGGCACGGCCGUCCUGAACGACGAUGACAACACUAUCACUGUGACCAACACUGGCAGCAAGUGGGCUUCUUUCAAUCUCUAUGGCGCCUCGUGCAUCACCCUUGAGGCUGGCGACACUUGCACUAGCACCCGCUUGAGCAGUGAAGUACCCAACAGGGGUCUGAUGGUAUGGACUACUUGA